AUGUACAACUUCCACAUCCUCCUCCUCGCCCUCCUCGUGGCCCUCAGCGCGGGGAGUACCGCCUCGGCCCGCCUCAUCGACCGCCAAGCCCUCGUCGCGGCGCGGCAGUCGUCCGGCCAGGACGAGAGCAGAACCGGGGGUACCUGCACGCAGAUGAGUAACAAGUGCAGCUUACCCGGCCGAGACGCCCAGGUUUGCCCGGCGGACUACAACAGGCACUCCAACAAUGCUUGA